AUGGCACCUGUCCGGCAAUUCUAUCGCCCGUGUGUUAUUCUCAUCCACCAGGCUCUGACAAUUCUCAUGGGUUCAACUGCCACGAUUGGCGUUAGGGACUCACUACUCGUGCAACACCAGAAACCUGUCCAGACGCAGCUGCUCACCGUCUCCAUACUUCAUCAACCGCAACCGAGAGUAUCCGGGUUAAUCGUCACCGUCCCCAGUGUCACCUCGUUUCCCACAUCAAUUAGCGUUCCGACGAUCCAGCGAUGCCAAUCAAACCCCACGGUUGGGCGCUCACCCGAUGUCUCGCAACAUCGUGAGGCCAGCAAACAAGACACAGCUCCCCGUGACUUGUUGCUGACCGGCACACGGCACACGGCAGACCAUGAGCUCUUGGCGCCGAGCUUGGCAAGCGGCGCAAGCCUACCCUACCCCGGCUCAGCCCAACGCGCAGCGUCGCAGAGCCUAGAGGGGGACCGCACUCUAAAUCCAACUAUGCUUAGAACUCUCAUUUACCGCUCCCUUGCCCACAAAGCUGUAUCGGUACUAGGCGAUGAAGAGUCCCCUAAGAUCGGGCACGUCUUAUUUGAGGCCUUAUUCAUUCCAACCGGAAAGUCUGUUGGCCCGCGGGUGCCAUGUCCCAUGGAAGAACAACAAGAACCCUUUUCUUGCCUUUUCUCCAUGGGCCACCGUUGCUGGUAUCCACUCCAAUGGGCACCCUUUCUUGCGCCUUCUUCUCUCAGCUGGAAAGGGGACCAGCAGUGUCCCACAGCCAGGCAGUUUUCCCUCUCUCUCGCUGAAAUCAUUCGACCGGAAGACAACUGCGGCGAUGCGGCGGGCGGAGGCGCCUUGCCCGUGAUUGGCCAAAGCGUAAACCACCCCGCGCCACACAUCGAGUGGAUAUCUGGAAGCUGCGCAGUGAUUCGUUCUCAGCCACAGUUGGGGACCAUUCCGCGUUACGCGGCCUCCGAUCUUGCUGUUUCUGGAAAAUGUGAAGAGUUCAAGUUUCUUAUCCAAGUUUCUGCCCACCAACCAAACGCUAUGAAAUACAUUCGUCAAGGAGAGCCACAGGCUUCUCGGCGUUCCGUCACUGGAGACCUUCCAAGCCUCUCCCAGGCGCCGAACACCCGAGCCGGAGACCGUCUUCCCAUUCUCCACUACGCCGCCACUCCAGUCAUGAAUCUCCCAGCAGGACAAGCUCUUCAAAUGUCUCCAGCCAGCAGGCCCCACCCCGUGGUCAUUCAACUCCACAACGCACACGAAUCCCGUCGCCGCCGCCGUCACCGUUUGCCCGUUGCGAAUCCCGCUGACCCUCGGCUUGAUUUCAAUCUCUGA